CGACGUUAAUUCAUGAGCGAGGAGACAAAGGUACAGAAUAUGAGCGCAAGCUUCAUUUAUUCUCUCUCGGCUCCUUUUCUUGCAAUCGAACUGUGAAAUCUGCUUUUGAAUUCAUCGAAUACAGAACAAACAUGGCGCAGGAUUCUGAGAAGAGGUUCCAUUCCAUCAUGGACAAGCUCUUCCAUGCUCCCAAAUCCGGAUUCCAUUCUCCCACUUACAGUACAUCAGGAGAACUUCUGUCUGGAAGUAAAAAACGUUCAUACGAGUCAACUGCAUUAGGGGCAUGGGAAUCGAAUAUGAAAGGGGAUGUUGCUGAGGGACAGCAUCCCUCAUUAGCUGCAGCUGGAGCCACUCGAUGUUCAUGCUGCAGACCAUGGGAUCGUGGUGACUUUAUUAAAAGAUUAGCCACAUUUAAAUCGAUAUCGUGGUUUGCUAAACCAAAGGUAGUGAGUGCUGUAAAUUGUGCUAGAAGAGGUUGGAUCAGUGUAGAUAUUGAUACCAUAGCCUGUGAAGCAUGUGGAGCACGGCUCCUUUUCCACACACCAGCAUCUUGGAAUCAGCAACAGGUGGAGAAGGCAGCCUUGGUUUUUAGUUUAAAGCUGGAUAGUGGACAUAAAUUACUUUGUCCAUGGAGGGGCAAUAUCUGUGAUGAAAUACUGACAAGAUUUCCACCUACACCUCCUCAAGUGUUAGUCAAUAAUUAUAGAGAACGUUGUUCUGCUCUCUUGCAACUAUCAGCUCUUCCUCAAAUUUCACAAUCAGCAGUAGAUUUCAUGAAAAGCCCACUACUAGAAGACUUCCUUGGAGAUUCUUCAAUGCUAGAAAGUGGAAAUGGAUCUGCCAGCAAUUCUGAAAUAGAAAAUCUUAGCAGCCAGCGUGAACUGAAAUUAUAUUACCUGGCUCAGAAGCUUAUAAGUUUAUGCGGUUGGACACUUCGUUCUCUACCUUACCAAGUUGACUGCAAGGAUGUAGCAGACCGAUCCAUCAAAAAUAUAGUUACGGAUAAUAAUAACCUCAUUGUACAUUCUGCAAACGCGGAUGAAAGUUUGGAAACAGAUGCAAAUUCAAAUGGUUCUAUUGGGGAACAAAUGAAUCCCAAUUCUGUGGUUUUAGAUUGCUGCCUCUGUGGGGCCACGGUUGGUUUGUGGGCAUUUUGUACUAUUCACCGGCCUGUUGAGUUAUUCAGAUUAGUGGGACAUGCGGAAAUUGUUGGAAAUGAUAUUGGGAAUUCAUCCAGUAAACAUGAUAAACAUGAUCUUGGAACUAGGCAAGGUGUUACUAGUACCUUGUCAGAUGUUGCAACUUCAUUCCAAUAUAGUUCAAAUCUAAAUAUGACAAUUGCUGGGGGUCCUUCUCCAACAAAACAAAAUUUUAAAGCAACAGUAUCUUUUCCUGUUAUUGGUCAGAAUUUAAGGGCUCGGCUUUCUGAUGAUUCUGAUUUCAGCGAUCAUGCUUCUGUUGAUGGGGAUAGUAUUCAGUCUGACUCACAGAAGAGGAUCCGGCUUCAGGAGAAAACAGAUUGUACAGUCGAUUCUUCCACCAGACAACUUGUUCCCCUGUCAUCUGAAACAAUGGAAAUUUCAAAACUUGAAACUGCUUCUCAAACUAGUAUUAGUAAUUCAAAUGGAGAUGAUGCUAUCGUGGGCACCCAGAAUGAAGGGCUCUCUUCAAGUUCUAAGGAUAUGGUUCCUAUACAUCUAGAAUCUGAUGGAUUGAACAGUUCAGCAGCAGUAGGUCCUAAUAGUUCCCAGAAAGAUUUGACUGAAGGUAGAGCCCUUUUUGCUGCACAACAGAUUCCGGCUAUACAACUUGGUAAUCUUGAGAAUUAUCGGGUCAGAAGUGGAGUAGAGAAUCCUGUAAACUGUAAAGAUGUUACUUGUAAUUCGGGAAAAGACAUGAGACCGUCUGAUAGAGCCUUGGAGUUUGAUCCAAUCAGGCAGCACAGACACUUCUGCCCUUGGAUUGCAUCGAUGAAUGAUGAGGAACCUGGAUGGAAACAGACAUUAUCUGCCUUACUUCGCCAGAAAGAUCAUUCGAAUUCUUCACCACUUCGAUCACUCUCAUCAACUUCCAUUAUUAAGGUGGAGGACCCAAUCGGUUCGGUGAAAAAACUUUUCAUGUCUCCAUCCAUGAGAAGAACAAAACAAACUCGUAUCUCAGGACACGAUACAGGGCAGAGAUAGGUUAGGCCAGAUGUUCAGGCGGUGGUGAACUACCUCUUCAACAUUUAGUUCCCGCCCAGCCAUGUUCAAGUUAUGCUUACAUGGCAUUUUUAAUUGUUUGUCAUCCCAUUUUCAAUCAUUUUUCACCUUUUUUGUUAGGCCAUGCCCUUCCCAACAAACGAAGCACUAGGUAGCACCUUGAUGCUUGUGAUUCGCGAUUGCUGUUCUAUAAAACCGAGUGGUCAUAUCUUAUCUUUAUUUUAUUUUAUUUACAUUUGAGAUUUGCUAUAAUACAUAUGGUAGCAUCUCUAGUUACGUUAUGUUUGAGCUGGUCCUCGUGGGUUCACAUGGAACCAGAAUCUUGACGCUGCAAAGCUCUAUACAUAAGGCCACUGCAGAGAGUAAUAAAUCGGGACUCUAUUGUGUUUGUC